AUGUUCUCUGGGAUUUUCCGCCGACGGGCCGUGGCUGACCCCGCUGCCGCCGAUUCCCAAGGUUCAUACGAAGUGCCUUUGUACACCAACGCAGCAUACUACCCAAACUGGAGAAUCUAUCAAAAACAGCCUCCCUCGUCUCUCCGAUUAGGAUUUAUUUCACACGUGUUUUACGCGUUUGCCUGGAUCAAAGAAGACGGGACUGUCUAUCUGAGCGAUGAGUGGGCAGAUACGCAGAUGCCGGUGGAUGGCACUGAGGGUUGCUUGCGCGCUUUCGUCCAGCUAAAACAGCAGUACUCCAAGAUGAAGGUCAUUCUUUCAAUUGGCGGGGGAGGUAAAGGUAGCGAGAAUUUUGCUGCGGUUGCCCAUAGUCGGUCGGGCCUGGAGACGUUUGUUCGUACUUCCCGAGCUUUGGUUGAUCAGUUUGGGUUGGAUGGUAUUGAUGUUGACUGGGAACAUCCUGCCGAUGCUAAGCAGGGCAAGGACUAUGUUCGCCUGCUGGCUAAACUACGAGAGGUUCUGCCGGCCCCCCGAUACGUGCUGACCACCUGUCUACCUGCUGGCCAAUGGGCCUUGCAGAACAUCGAUCUGAAUGCGGCACAAAAGUAUCUUGACAUGAUCAAUUUGAUGGCCUAUGACUUUACGGGACCCUGGGAGGCCGAGACUGCCCAUCAAGCCCAGCUACAUGGGUCGCCCAUCUCGGGCUAUUCGGCUGUUGACUACGUGCUGAUGCAAGGCGUAUUGGCCCGAAAACUCAUUCUCGGUGUUCCAGUAUAUGGACGAUCAUUUUUAGGUAGCAAUGGGCCUGGUCAGCGGUAUACAGGCAGUGGUGGAGAGGAUGGAGUCUUCGACUACCGCGAUCUCCCCCGUCCCGGAACCGAAGAAUACCAUGACCAACAAGCCGGCGCUGCUUCCUGUGUGGGUGGAGAUGGAGGAUUUGUUAGCUAUGACAACCCGGCCUCCGUGCAACAGAAAGCGGAGUUUGUCACUUCGUCGAAACUUGGAGGUCUUUUUUACUGGCACAUAUGCUCUGAUGCUCGGGGUCCACGCAGCCUCAUCGAAACUGGAUAUAACACUCUGCAUGAAAUGUAG